AUGUCCGGGGUGGUGCGGACCCUCAGCCGCUGCCUGCUGCCGGCUGAGGCCGGGGCCCGCGAGCGCAGGGCGGGCGACGCGGAGCGCGAGGCCCGGCGUCGCAGCCGAGACAUCGACGCGCUGCUGGCCCGCGAGCGGCGCGCGGUCCGGCGCCUCGUCAAGAUCCUGCUGCUAGGCGCGGGCGAGAGCGGCAAGUCCACCUUUCUCAAGCAGAUGCGCAUCAUCCACGGCCGCGAGUUCGACCAGAAGGCGCUGCUAGAGUUCCGCGACACCAUCUUCGACAACAUCCUCAAGGGCUCCAGGGUGCUUGUUGAUGCACGAGACAAGCUUGGCAUUCCUUGGCAGCACUCUGAAAAUGAAAAGCAUGGGAUGUUCCUGAUGGCCUUCGAGAACAAAGCAGGGCUUCCCGUGGAACCCGCCACCUUCCAGCUCUACGUGCCGGCUCUGAGCGCGCUCUGGGGGGACUCUGGGAUCCGGGAGGCUUUCAGCCGAAGGAGCGAGUUCCAGCUGGGUGAAUCAGUGAAGUACUUCCUGGAUAAUUUGGACCGGAUCGGCCAACUGAAUUACUUCCCUAGUAAGCAAGAUAUCCUGCUAGCCAGGAAGGCCACCAAGGGAAUUGUGGAACAUGACUUCAUCAUUAAAAAAAUCCCUUUUAAGAUGGUGGACGUAGGUGGCCAGCGGUCUCAGCGCCAGAAGUGGUUCCAGUGCUUUGACGGGAUCACAUCGAUCCUGUUCAUGGUGUCCUCAAGUGAGUUUGACCAGGUCCUCAUGGAGGACAGGUGCACCAACCGGCUGGUAGAGUCAAUGAACAUCUUUGAGACCAUCGUCAACAACAAGCUGUUCUUCAACGUCUCCAUCAUCCUGUUCCUCAAUAAGAUGGACCUCCUGGUGGAGAAGGUGAAGACAGUCAGCAUCAAGAAGCACUUCCCAGACUUCAAGGGCGACCCACACCGGCUGGAGGACGUCCAGCGCUACCUGGUCCAGUGUUUCGACAGAAAGAGACGAAACCGCAGUAAGCCCCUGUUCCACCACUUCACCACUGCCAUCGACACCGAGAACAUCCGCUUCGUGUUCCACGCCGUGAAGGACACAAUCCUGCAGGAGAACCUGAAGGACAUCAUGCUGCAGUGAAGGAGAAAGCCUCUCGUCUCAUGGCAUCCCUGAGCAGCCCCGUGGCUGCCGGCCGGGUCUCACAGGGGGUGUGUCUCUGUGGCAUUCUCAGAUCCACAUCACUGGACACCUGGCCCCACAAUGCUGGACAGCAGCCUAGCCAGCAAGCGUCAGGAAAAGGACAUGGGGACUGUGAUGUUAGCUACUGAAUCUGGGGGACUAGUGAAACUACUGAAAUCCCAAGUGAUCACUUUGGUGUUAAUCUGUAAUCCCUGAUAACACAGCUUCCUUCUUUUACAGAAACCCUAUGCCUUUCCUGACACAAUAUAAUCAAAGGUCGUGUGUGUGCACACACACUCACUCUCUAAUGACAGAAAUGCAGACCCAGCUGGCCUCGCAGAUGGCUUUCCUCUAACUUGCAAUCUCCGCAGAGACAGACUAACCCGAAAGCUUUGCCUUGCAGUAUUUUGUAGAGAUGCAUGGCAAUGCUGCUAAGCUCAGAGCUCAAGAUGGCCCUGCAGUCCUGGCUCAGGGUCUGAGCACCACCUCCCAAAGUGAACACACUGCCUUCACAACUAUGCCAAUGUCCUAGGUGUGUGAGGUGCCCUGAGGGGCUGUGCCAGGGCACUCUGCUCCCACUGUGAAAGACGAGGUUGGGGGCUGUGGCCCUGCCUUAAUGCCCUGGCAACAGGCCUGGUCUCGUCGGCUUGCCCAGCGACACAGCGCAGAGUGCGGGUGGCCACCCGCCACGGCUCUUGCUGUCUGGGUCACACAGUGGUGCUUUUCACCUCCUUACCCUCCCCCACACCUGAUGGCAAAGAUACAUAAACCAAGUGGCCUUGCAGAUGGCUUCUUAGUCUGACAAGUCGUCUCCUGACAGGACAGUUGGCAGCAUGUAGCACCCCUUCUUUGGGAAAUAGUGGAGAGCGUCAUCUCCUGUUCCUGGGCUUCCAGAAGCUGACAGGAGCACUCACAGAGCUUUUGUGAGUGCCCUGGCUGCUCCAGAGUCUGUCACAGCUGACUUCUCAGAAAGCCCUGGAAACCCAGGGGAGCUUGUGCUCAGCACAGCCCUCGGUCUCAUUCCUGGCAGGACUCUCGCUUGUGUUGCUGCAGGGUGGGAGGCUGGCGGGCAGAUGUGAGCCGGUGCCGUGGCAGCCUGUCCACUUACCUGCCCGGUGUGUCCCUGUGCUUAUGAACACACUGCACUCCAAACCGGCCCUCCGUUACUCUCCCAAGAGUCUUGUCUGGGAGUAGAAGGAAGGCUUUUCUCAAAGAGAGAAGUUGGCAACAGAUGCUGCAGCUCACUAGCCCGUUGAGGGCCCUGUCCCAAGGCCACGCUGCUCCUGACCUUGUGUCCCAUAUGCUUCUUGCUCUUGGCUCUUUUCAGCAAGCAGAUAAAUAGGAGUCUGUGGCUGACACUAGACCAAAGAGGGAGAGAAGCUUGCUUCUGAGUCAUCCUGUGAUCACAGUGCUUUCAUUAGGGGACAGCAGGAAACCUUUCAGUGUUCAAGCGUUUGUGUCAGUGUUUGCUGGGGUUUUGCCUCUUUUCUUUGGCUGAAGAGAAGUUGCUGUUUUUGUACUCCUUCGUGUACAGAUCUUCAAGGCUGAGGGGUGACACCAGGGCUAAUGCUAUGUCUAAGGGAAUGAGUGGCCUUGGUAGGGCCUAUUAGGGCAGGCGUAUUUGGGCACAGUGAAGGGUGGCCUGUCUACAGUUCUCUGUAUCUCACACAUCUCUUAGGCUUCGUGCUGUUCCUCCCUCAUGCUGGGGCACGCUCCCUGGCUCUGUUGGAGGCCACUGUGGCUGGUGCCCCAAGCCAGCCUCUGCAGGAGAGCUUUCCCUCUCCCAGCCUGACGUACACACAGUCACUUUCAAGCCCAGAAGCACAGGGGUGAUGAGGUAUGGUAACUUCUGUUUAACUCAACAGAGAGCUAGCUAGCUGAGCUAGCUGAGCCUGCACAGCCUCUUCCUAACACAGGGGAUUAGAGCAUCCAUCUGGAAGGACACCCUACUCGGAACUCUGUGAGGUGUCCAAAUUGGAGAAGAGCCCUGUUCGAAGGCUAAACUGAGAUCAUUUACAACUUUUCUACACAUAGAUCUUAGUCAUUUUUGUCUCCAAAACCUUAGGCUUGUUUGUAUUUUUUUAUUUUAAUUUCACUGUUACCCUUGACUGUUGUCUUUUUUAUUGCAGAUGUUGGAGAAGCGGGAGGUAGUCAUACCUCAUCUAUUACUGCAGAAAUGUAACAAUAAACUUUCUCAAAAUAAGACUCUUCCUCAUAGUUAUACUGUUUCUAUUAAAGAACACAGUGUAGAUCUUUACUGA